GCAGCCGGGAGCGGGCCGGGGCGGCCGCGGCGGGGCAGACGCGGAGCUUUGGGAGACUCGGGGCCGCUCGGCAGCCGGCGGGCCACCCGGGCCUCCGCGGAGACGAUGGCGAAGGAAGAAGGAUCAUCUGUAGAAGUGCGCCAAAGGAAAAAACCAAAGACUUCAGGAAGUCCGGAAGCCAGAGCAGAGAAGAGAAGUGGUACCCUGGUUCCUGUGAGAGCCCCGAAAUAUGUGUCGUUUCAGCGCUUUGCAAAGAUAUUUAUUGGCUGUCUUGCAGCAGUUAUUAGUGGUAUGAUGCAUGUUUUCUACUUAUCAGCAUACCAUGAACGGAAAUUCUGGUUUUCCAACAGGCAGGAACUUGAACGAGAAAUCACAUUUCAGGGAGACAGUGCUAUUUAUUACUCCUAUUAUAAAGACAUGUUAAAGGCGCCUUCAUUUGAAAGAGGUGUUUACGAGCUGACGCACAAUAACAAGACCGUCUCCCUGAAGACUAUCAAUGCUGUGCAGCAGAUGUCUCUGUAUCCAGAGCUUAUUGCCAGUGUUCUCUAUCAAGCAACUGGGAGCAAUGAAGUGAUUGAACCAGUAUAUUUCUACAUUGGCAUUGUUUUUGGAUUACAAGGAAUAUAUGUUACAGCUUUAUUUGUUACAAGUUGGCUUAUGAGUGGCACAUGGCUAGCAGGAAUGCUUACUGUUGCGUGGUUCCUAAUUAAUAGGGUAGAUACAACAAGAAUCGAAUACUCCAUUCCUUUAAGAGAAAACUGGGCUCUACCAUACUUUGCAUGCCAAGUUGCUGCACUUACAGGCUAUUUAAAAAGAAACUUAAAUACUUAUGCAGAGCGGUUUUGCUACCUGUUGAUGAGUGCCUCGACGUACACGUUCAUGAUGGUGUGGGAGUACAGCCACUAUGUCUUGUUCCUUCAAGCAGUAUCUCUGCUGCUGCUGGACGUGUUCUCAGAGGAACAAAGUGACAAGGUUUACGAAGUCUAUAAAAUCUACAUAUUUUCUCUCUUCUUGGGGUAUUUACUACAGUUUGAGAAUCCAGCUUUAUUGGUGUCUCCUUUACUAAGUUUAGUAGGAGCGUUAAUGCUUAUUAAGUGCCUUCAGCUGAAUGGGAAAAGGGGAACUUUCGUGGCUAACGUGGUCAAAGUGGUGAAGUUUUACCUGGUGUGCACUCUGCCGCUGACCCUGAACUUGAUAAUGAAGACGUUUGUCCCACACAAAGAAAAUGAGCAUGUGCUGAAAUUCCUUGAAGUAAAAUUUGGAUUAAAUGUGACUAAGAAUUUCACAUUGAACUGGCUCCUCUGUCAGGAAUCUCUCCAGGCACCAUCUCAGGAUUUUUUUUUACGAUUGACACAAUCUUCCCUAUUACCAUUCUAUAUUUUAGUGUUAAUUAUUUGUCUUCUUUCUAUGACUCAAGUUAUUUUUAGGAGGAUAAAUGGUAAAUCCCAGAAAGAAACUGUAACUCUUGAAGAUGGAAGAAUUGGAGAAAGGCCAGAAAUAAUUUAUCAUGUAAUUCAUACCCUUAUACUGGGUUCUCUUGCAAUGCUUAUGGAAGGCUUGAAAUUCAUCUGGACUCCGUACAUGUGCAUGUUAGCAGCAUUUGGUGUCUGUUCCCCUGAACUUUGGAUGACACUUUUGAAGUGGCUUCGAUUAAGAACUGUACACCCAGUAUUGUUGGCUCUUAUUCUGAGCAUGGCUGUGCCCACUAUUAUAGGUCUUAGUUUGUGGAAAGAGUUUUUUCCAAGGUUAAUUACAGAAUUAACCGAACUACAGGAAUUCUAUGAUCCAGAUACAGUGGAACUCAUGACCUGGAUAAAGAGGCAAGCUCCCGUUGCAGCUGUGUUUGCUGGAAGCCCACAGUUAAUGGGUGUGAUUAAACUGUGCACUGGAUGGAUGGUGACAAGCUUGCCACUUUACAGUGAUGAUGAUCUUCUCAAGAGAAAUGAAAACAUUUUCCAAAUCUAUUCAAAGCGAUCUGCUGAGGAUAUUUAUAAAAUCCUGACAUCUUACAAAGCUAACUACCUCAUUGUAGAAGAUGCCAUCUGCAAUGAGAUGGGAACCGUGAGAGGCUGCAGGGUUAAAGACUUAUUAGAUGUUGCAAAUGGACAUGUGGUUUGUGAAGAAGGUGACAAAUUAACCUAUUCAAAGUAUGGACGGUUUUGUCAUGAGGUCAAAAUUAACUAUUCUCCAUAUGUGAAUUACUUCACUCGCGUGUACUGGAACAGGUCCUACUUCGUAUAUAAAGUCAACACUGUGAUAUCCUUCCAGUCUUGAAAAUAUCAGAGCCUUCACUUCAAAGACCUACUACUUGAAGUAGAAUGCAGUUUUCUUGGACCUCCACAGUGUCUUGCAGAUGGAGUGUGGAUACCUGGAGUGCCGUGGCUCUUCCCACGCCCGCUGCUGAUUCCUGGGUUUAGGGUUUUGUUGGAACAGAAGGUCAGAUGUCGCUGUCUUAGUAAAAUGUCAAAUCCACCGCUGCAAUCUUCUGACAGCUUUCUUCCUUAGUACACGAUUUAAACAUUUCCCCGCUGCAUCGUCUCCUUAUAAAUCUUACCUAUCAUAAUAUUGAUCUUUAAUUUGGGUAUUUUCAAGGUCAGUGUUUACGUCAAAAACAUAAUUUUUAAUAAGUACUUAAUGUGUGAUUUUAUUCUAUAGUAGAAGAGAAAAUUCUCCAAGCAAGUUUGUAACAGAUGUAAAUUUUUUACAAUUAAAAAAAAUUUAAAUGUUAGUUAAAAAUAUGUGACAUUUAAAUUUAAAGGGAAAUAACAUAAAGGAAAGUGAUUGUUUUUAUGAUACUGAUCCUGUCAUCUGCUGCCCAAGUAACGUAGCACGUUCUUAGCAAUACAUAGGACGAAUAGUACAUUUAAUUCUUUCAUGGCUAUUAAGUGAUUGCCUUUUCUCACUUAUGCCCAUUAAGUUGAUAACAAUCAUGCUAGAACAAUAACUUGUGUUUGUUUGUAUAUAUGUGUGUGUGUGUGUGUGUAUAUAUAUGUAUAUAUAUAUGUCCAUAUAUACACACACACACACGUAUAUAUGGACAUUUAAAAGAAUUUUACGUUUUUUUGGAUGUGGAGUAUACAGUCCAAUCACAUGUUUUCUAUGGACGUAUUCAGUAAAAAUAAUUAACACUGUCACAGUAAUGAUAUGUACACUACCAUGGGCAUCAGCUUCUAGAGGUGUCUGCAGACACUUUUAAACACACCUCUGCAUAUAGGUGUAUUGGUUAUAAGGUGUAACCAAUAAAGUGAUGUUAUUCAUGAAACAUUACGUGUUUAACAGAGCAAAAUGAGAGUUAAAUAAAAUUUUCAAUAAUUCACAGCAUAAAUGCCACAUUCCUUUGUGUAUUUUCAAUUUUGUAUCAUUAAAAGAAAUUCUAAGCCAGUGUAGUGACUCGUGCCUUUAAUCCCAGCAUUUGGGAGGCAGAGGCAGGCAGAUCUCUUUGAGUUCCAAGACAGCCAGAGCUAUGUAGUCAGACUCUGUUUGUGGGGAGAAAGAAAUUGUAAUUAAUUUGGCCUGUUAAAUAGAUUCAGGAUAGAUGAAGCCUGUAGAGAAAUGAUUUUAAAAAUGAAUAUUUAAUUUUAUAUUAUACAGUUGUUCAGUGAACAGGUUCUCUUUUUAUUUGUUAGAGUGCUUUAAAAUUGCAUUUUCAAAACUCCAUAUUAUUAGGAGGAAAAUAUUUUCUUUCUUUUUGUAUUAUAUAUAUAUAUAUAUAUAUAUAUAUAUAUAUAUGUGCAUAUAUUUCUUUUCUUUUUCAAGUAUGUGCACUUCUUUAAGAUGCUUUACCAUUGUGCAGCUUUACUGACAUCUGUCACACCAUCUGGCUUAGUGUCAUUGGUCCCGUGUGCUCUUUUACAUAACUUAUUUCAACGACAGAAAAGCAGCUGUGGCAGCGGAUCUGACUGUCUGAAAUCCUUGGUAGUCAGUAGUGGUUAGCAUCGGGCUUCAUGAAAACUUACCAGCUACUCAAGUACACAGUGAGUAGUCAUGUGGUCCCUUAAGGGUGAAGCAUGAAGAAACAGCUUACAUACUGUAAAGGGAAGCCCAAACCCUGUUUCCCUUGGAAUAGGAAGUAUUCAGUUGAGUUUUUACUGACGUGAUAAUGUGUGGUCUUUUAGUUUUUGUUUUGUUCGCUGUAAUAGUAAGUUGCUUUGCUUGUCAACAUAUUUCUUAAAUAUAUAGAGAAUUUUUUAAUUAAAAGUUUAUAAUUAGUCCCAGGCAUAGUGGUGCACUCUUUUAUUCUUAGCACUCAGGAGGCCGAGGCAGGAGGAUCUCUGGGUUCAAGGCCACCCUGGUCUACAUAGUGAGUUCUAGGAUAGCCAAAGUUACAUAGUGAGACUCUCUCUCAAAAAACAAAACAACAACAACAACAACAACAACAACAACAAAAAGGUUUAUAAUUAACUGUCACUCAGCAUCAACUGAAACAGAAAAGUAAGCUUUAUUGUAGAAAUUAUAAUACUGGCUGUGACUGUGUAGGUCAGCGGUAUAGUGCUGGGUUAGCACACACAAGGCCCUGGGUCAGUCUCCAGCACUGCCGGGAAAAAAUAAAUAAAUAAAUAAAAAAGAAGGGGAGAUGAUAAUGUUAGGUAUGAGAGAUAAGUUGAUUCACUUCCAUCUUAACUGUCACUAACAGGAGAAAACUGUGUUGAAAGCAUUUAAUUAUUUACUUAGUAACUUGUGGAGUAACAGCUGAAAACCUCUGCAAGUAGUUCGAACUGCCAACCUAGCAGCUGUCGAAUUCAACAGUGAAGCCCCAUUGAUGAAGCAGUUAUGGGAGUGAAUGGGAAGGAAUUCCUCAAAGAAAGAGAAAACAUUUUUGCUUUUAAUAUAACAAACCCAUCAAAAUAAGUGCCUUAACUUCUUCAUUUAUAAAUUCAUUUUCUAUUUCAUAUCAUAUUACUCAUUUUCUUUUCCAUAAGAAAAUAUUGGUAACUUUUUCGACAUUGAAAAAAUACAGUAAGGCUGAGGAGGUAGUCCCAUGGCGGAGCACUUUCUUAGUGGACAAGAGACCCUGGGUUUAUCCCCAGCACAACAAAAAAAUCAAAUGUCUCCAUGCCAUUGCCACUGUUAACUUCAAUUCAGUAAUAAGCAAAUCUUUGUCAGGAACUUACAGUCCCCUAAGUCAAUUUGUGUAGCUUCUUGAAUGCCAAAUAGUCUAACAAGUGAAACUGACGUGAUAAGGGAAGUAAUAUGGACUCUGAGUUUAGUAAUGUUUUUAUGACUUUGGCGUCUGUAUCCUGGUGUUUUGCAUUGUACUGGCAGACUUUUACAAUCUAUGUGAUGUACUUCAGCACUAACUUUACACACACACACACACACACACACACACCCACGCACGCACGCACGCACGCACGCACGCACGCACACACGCACGUGCACGGUGUUUUCUUUCCAGGUCAGUAACCCAAAUUGCCGUACCAGCCAGAUUCAGUCAACAAAGAAGGAGAAAUGGAAGUCAAAGUGUUAACAAUUUGUGGCUGAAAGUAGAUUAUUAAUUUCUUGUAUAAAAUUACUUUAGUUUUGAGAAAUCUUCUUUGGGACCUCUUAUUUUUGAAUUGCUAACACAUUUGAUGCCUCAUUUUGUAUAAAAGUAGUAUUUUUUUCAGUUGGCAGAGUUUUCAACAGUUCUAUGUAAACUGAUCUUUUGGUAAAUUUAUUUUUAAUGCAUGAAUAUCUCAAGGACAUACGCUACUAAUUCUGUAUAUUUCAGAACCUUUUUAAAGCUAAUAAUUACUUUCUAAUUUGUAUCUUAGUAUCCUUUCUUCUUUUAUCCAGCUUUUAACAUAUCUAGUCUUGCUCUGUGUGGUGGUGCACACCUGUGAUCCAGCAUUUGGGAGGGAGAAGACAGGAGGAUCAAGUGUUCAAAGUCAUCCUCAGCUACAUCAGUGAGUUUGAGGCCAGCCUGGGUUGCAUGAGCCCCUCUGCAAAGAAAAAAAAAAUCCAAAAAUUAAAUGCAGAUUCUCUAUUGUUGCUAUUUGCUAAUAGUGUUUAGACUCAAUAUGUAUUAGAAUUCUGGCUCUGGCCUGGCAGUGGUGGUGCACACCUUUAAUCCCAGCACUGGGAGGCAGAGGCAGGCAGAUCUCUGUGAGUUCAAGGACAGCCUGGUCUACAGAGUGAGUUCCAGGACAGCCAAGGCUACACAGAGAAACCCUGUCUCAAAAAAACAAAAACAAAAACAAACAAAAAAGAAUUCUGAUUCUGCAAAUUACAAGGAAAAUCAAAUAAGUUCUCACUAAAAUUACUGAGUUUUUUAAUGUAUAAGGUUAAUGCUUUAAAUAAAAUUAGAAGCAAUGCUGCAAAAGAAUAUAUAUGACAGCUUAUUUUCUAAAUAAUAUAUUUGCUUCUGUAAUAAAAUGGACAUUUUGGAACCAAAUGUGUUGAAUUCAGUAUAAAGGUUUCUUUGGAUUGUUUCUGCUUCUGUCUCCUGGAAUGGCAACAUUGUAAUCUUGACAUUAGAAUACUAUGUGCAAUUCUAUGAGCAGUAGACUUUACUUGUGAUUGUUACCUGUGUUUUGUGAAUGAUGGCAUAAGAGAAACCUUCAGUAUCAUAUAAGUCACCCUUCCCUGUUUUGAAGCCAAUAGCCUUGCACAGAUGCUAACAAGAGUGAACACAGCUCCCUUUAUGUAGGUUGGUCUGAGUCAUAUCUACAAUGAUGUGUAUUUAGAUUGUAUGUGUUCCUCCUGUAACCGAGGUUACAUCUCUGCAAAAUUAUACAGCGUCAGUAAAUACAAAUACUUUAAAAGAGUUGUCUAUGAACAGUUUUAGUCCAUAUUUGGUAACAUUAAUAUUGGUUUUUCAGUGAUGAAGUUCUUUCAUGCUCGUUUACCCUUGUUUUGUUUUCAUAAUAAAACUUCCCAGAAUUUUAA